AUGACUGCAACUAGUAUCUAUGAUAUGCAACAUCUAGAGAAUGGACAAGAGCAUAAACCUUCUCCUGGUCUAGACAUUGAAAGAGAAUACGAUCGUUUACGAGAUCUAGCGCGGCAAGAGCAAGAGAAGCGUGCAACAUUAUCUAGCAAAUCUCAGCAAGCUUACAAACAAGGUGAUGGGGCCGUCGCACACAAAUUAUCUGAGGAAGCCAAAACACACGCAGAAAAAGCCAACCAGUAUAACAAGCAGGCUUCCGAAUUUAUAUUUCGGGAGAAUAACGUGCCAGGACGUGUCGCUGAAGAUACCAUCGACCUUCAUGGUCAAUUUGAGAAAGAAGUAGAAAUUAUUCUGAAAGAAAGGAUCAGUCAUGCUCAAAAGAUUGGUCAACCCCACUUACACGUAAUUGUGGGUAAAGGGAACCACUCGACGAAUCACGUUCAGAAAAUUAAACCCAAGGUCGAACAAGUUUGUCGACAACUUGGUCUUCAAUAUACAGAAGAAGUAAACGCUGGAAGAAUAUUUAUUAAUCUUAAGGGCGAGGGUGCUGCGAUACCUCCAACCGCUCAUGAUGGGAAUGUAGGUCAUGAUCAGCAAGGCGACCAGAAUAACGAGCUAGAGAAGCUGGCCCGAAAGUUUGUUCCAAAAGUCUUGAAAAAGCUCGACGGAUGCUGUUCAAUUAUGUAA